AUGUCGGACCACGAAGAUGUCGUCGACGGCGAGCCGCCCGCAAUCGACCCUUAUGAGGUCCUGGGGCUCGAGCGCACCGCAACUGCUGACCAGGUCAAGAGCGCAUACCGCAAGGCAGCGCUCAAGAAUCAUCCAGACAAAGUUUCCGAGUCUGAAAAGGAAAAAGCUCAUGAGACCUUCCAGGGCAUCGCAUUCGCCUACGCCGUCCUGUCAGACCCCGCGCGACGAAAGCGAUACGACACCACUGGAUCAACAUCCGAGUCCAUUGUCGAUUCAGAGGGCUUCGACUGGAGCGAAUACUACCGGGAGCAAUACAAGGAUGCAAUCUCCGAAGAUGCCAUCAAAAAGUUUGCCGCGAAGUACAAGCGCUCCGACGAAGAGAAGGAUGACCUCCUCAUUGCCUACGAAGAGUGCGAAGGCGACAUGGACCAGGUGUACGAACGAGUAAUGCUCAGCGAUGUUGUCGAGGAUGAUGAGCGGUUCCGCAAGAUUAUCGACGAAGCAAUUGAGACGGGCGAUGUCCCCAGCUUCCCAGCCUACAAGAAGGAAAACAAGCGAAAGCGCGCCGCUCGUGCCAAGGCGGCAAGGGCCGAGGAAGCAGAAGCAGAGGAGCUGGCCAAGGAGCUUGGCGUCCACGACAAAAUCUUUGGCGGCAAGACAAAGGGCAAGAAGGGCAAGGGGAGCUCAGAGGACAGCUUAGCAGCUCUGAUCCAGAAGCGGCAGCAAGACCGCGCAGAGGGCUUCUUCAGCCACCUCGAGGAAAAGUACGGCGCAAAGAGCGCUGCGGGCAAGAAGGGCAAGGGAAAGAAGCGCGCUGUGGAUGAAGACGAAGAGGAGCCAUCGGAGGAGGCGUUCCAAGCAGCUGCAGCAAGGCUUAAGAAGGCCAAGACUUCUACAAAGGAUGAGAAACCUGCUUCAAGCACGGGUCGUCGAUCGACGAGGUCUCGCCGGUAG